AUGGCACACGCAUAGAAAACCCCACAAGAAGAUGUAUAAAAGGAGAGUGAAUGUUCCUCUACUGUAAAUAUGAAACCCGAUUGAACGAACUGGAGGACUCCUUUUUUCCACAUUCCCUACUUAGGCGAUUGUGGACAAAGAAAAGCAAAAGCAAAAAAAAAAGAAGGAAUCAUUCAUCUAACAUGAACUCCCUGAAUUCCACCCUCUCUCCAAAUACAACUUUUGUGCAUCCCCCAUUUUUUUUCAUCAAUGGUUUUUAUGACAUACCCCAUGCCAAAUACUACUAUGUUUUCCUGUGCUUUGUUUUUGUGGUCACUGUUUUGGGGAACUCCUUUGUCAUGUUUAUUAUUUACACAGAGCGCAGUUUUCACACCCCAAAGUAUAUGGCCAUUUUUAAUUUGGCUGUAGCUGACGUGGGUGAAAGCACUGCUCUUAUUCCAAAUUUAAUUGCAACGUUUCUUUUCGAUUCCCAGUACAUCUCCUUUGAUGCUUGUUUGGCCAACAUGUUUUUUGUGUUUUUCUUUUCCAAUUUGCAAGCUCUCACUCUUACUGUUCUGGCCUAUGAUAGAUUGGUGGCAAUAUGCUUGCCACUGAGAUACCAUGCCAUCAUCACAAUGCCAGCAAUGGUUGUGAUGUUAACAGUGGUGUGGGCAUGUGAUUCAUUUGUCCUGAUUCUAAUGGUGUCUUUGAUUACCAGGUUGUCCUUUUGUAAAUCCAUUGUGGUACAAAGCUACUUCUGUGACCAUGGACCAAUAUACCGCAUGGCAUGCAAUGACAAUCUUGCAAAUUCUAUCAUGGCAAAACUUUGUACGGUAUUAUUCCUUUAUUUACCUUUUAUUCUGACUGUACUGUCAUAUGUGUUUAUUGCCUUUGCACUGUUUAAAGUAGCUUCAUGGGAAGGGCGACUAAAAGCCAUUAAGACUUGUUCUGCACACCUAAUUCUGGUGGCUUUAUAUUUUCUUCCAAUCAUGGGAACCUAUAUUGCUGCACUGACUUUUACCCUUCACCCCAAUGCCAGAAUAAUCAAUACAUCACUUGCCUAUGCCAUUCCUCCUAUGAUGAACCCAAUCAUUUAUGUGCUGAGCACAGAAGAGGUUAAGGAAUUCUCAAAACAACUUUUCAAAAGAAAAAAGAAUAACCACAAGUGAGAUAAAUAAUCAAAUGAAUGAAUGAAUUGAUAAUACAGGAGCUCUCAUGGUGUAUUGUUAAGUUUUGCAGUUUUAUCCUUGAGUGCUGUAAUUAACCUACAUUGCUUCAGUAAACAACAUCCAGCUGUAUAAUUUGGUGCUAUUGAAAAAAAGAGAUCACGUGAGUUUAGUGUGCUGCAUUGUGCAACGUUAUGUUUCAAGUUUAUUAAAUUCUCUUAAA